UGGGCACACAUUUGGAUGACUCCACUCACGACUGCCUUUACUUUUAGUUAACUUUUGGCAGUCUUUGAGAAAGUUAUGCACAAAAUGAUUGCAAACUAGUUAUCAGUAUUUGCUGUCUGUUUGCUGACUCCCAUUCGCAUUCACUGUUGUCUGUUGUGCUCCGAAACUGCCAUCACUUCCAUCACAAAGACAUGAACACUAAUGGCACGAGUGUUGACAAUUGCCAGCCAUUGCCUCCGCUCAAGACAUAGCCAUCCAAUGAAACCAAUGCCACUCUGUAUCUAAUCUAUCCAUAGAUGCCAAGAGUCUAAAGUGUAGUCACAUUCACUCAACACUCAAAUUGGUUUGUCUUCGCCAGACACUUGUCUACAGUCACCACCAUUUGGUCUACAUUAUCACCCACUGUCUCAUACCACCACCGGAGCUGCGGUUAUGUCUAAUAACAUGUGUUCACUCGAUAAUGGUAAACACUCGAUGCCAGCGAUAGUCAGUUCUUGCAGUCCGUCGUUCAACUGUUCCCCUCUUCUGGCGUCUAAACCAUUUGGAUCUCAUUUGUUCGGUUCGAUGACGUCUUCACUACCACUUCAUCCGCCGUCAAGUCAUACGGCAUUUCCAUUCCCUCCCAGCCCUCUAAUCCUGUCGUCACUAAACAACUUCUUCAACCCUCAGCCAUCGAUGUCUUGGUACUCAGCACACAAUUCAUUGAAUACGCCCUUAAGUCUGACCACGAAUGGCGCCAAAGAGAUCGCUUCCAGUGUUAAUGACAACAACAACAAUGUUAACAAAAUUGACAACAAAUACAAAGACACCACUCCAGCACUCAUUCACCCAAACAGGGAUUUAAGGUCUGAAAAGAACUCAUUGGAGUCUACGGUCACAACCACUGCGUCCACAGAUAAUAGUUCCAGUACUUCGCUGUCCAACUCAACGGUGAUCGAGACCGAGAGGAAUACACACCGCAAUCAAUCAGACCUAAACUGGUUGGCAGAGGUGGCCAUCUCGUCGAGGGGGCCGUCGGUGUCGUCGUCGCCCUCAGCUUCUGCUCACUUACCGCUGCCACUGAGCCAUCAAUCGCCGCACGCCUCCCAUCCCUCUCAGCGUAAUAUAUAUCACCCAACUCUGGGCACUGACAUGGCUUCGAGUCAGCGCCUAUACUCUCCGCGAUUCGCCACAUCAGGCUCUCCGACGUAUUUCUCAUACCCGGCCACAAACAGUCCGAUCGGAUCAUUGAAUGGCGUGCGUCCGGUGCCAUCAAGUGCUCAUUUUAGCGGACCGUUUGUGUCAAACUUCAACGCUUACCAACAAUUUAGUCCAACAACUGCUCAGAACCCGAUCUCAUCACCAUUUCUAGUGCCAAAUCAGUUGAGUGUCGCCAACACUCGAUCCCAAACCUAUUCGACGGCUCUUAUCGAGUCUUAUAACCAGAACUCGCUCUCACAGAACGGCCACAACUCACACAAUGCCAUACUCUCUGCCAAUCAGUGCUCAAUGGCGCCCACCUCUCACACCACCAAUAGUUCUCGGUCUCCAUCACAGCAUUCAUCUGAUUCCUCAUCACUGAUAAGUUCUGGUCCUUUCUCUAGCCCUACCAUCAGCUCAGAAUCAGCUGAACCUCACACUAAGUCAAUGAUGCGAUCCGUGGAAUCGCACACAGAUUCUCGCGCCAGAAACGGUCCAAACGAGUUGAGCCCAUCGAUGGUCUCUUCAGGCCUGAAACGCAAGUCUCCGUCGAGUCCUGAACUCAACAGUAAUGACAAGAAUUUAUAUAAACUUCCGUUCGGUAAGGAAGGCAGUCGUAAGCACCGGAUCCUUAAGCCGCCCAACAUUAGUAUCGAUUCAAUCAAAGCCGACGCAAUGACACUGCAAUCCGCACCACUCUCUGCGCCUCCCAUUCCCGGUGUCCGGCGCCAGGAGUUCGUUAAAAGGAUAAGCGAUUCGGACAUUGAUUGCUAUCCGAAAGAGUCGAUUGCCGAUCAGAAUAACUGCCAAAACAUGACGUCAUUCUAUCAUCAAAGAAGGAAAUCAGUGCCACAGACAUCGACAUCCACUUCAUCUCACAAACCAUUCGUGACUUUUGCGCCGAAAGACCACUCGAGCGAAGGAUCACAUUAUUUGGUAGCGAAUGAGAAUUGUUUGCCAAUUGAAGACCACGAGCGACACAAUCGACUCCAAUAUCCCAUGUAUUUCCAGAGGGGAUCCAUCAUCCAGUUGGGCAACGGAGAGGUAAAGCGUGUGGAAGACAUGUCCACUCAGGACUUCAUCGACAGUGCGUCUGACAGUCAGGAUCUGUGCGCCGAUUGCAGUGAAGUGAUAAAAAUUGCCGAAAAGAUCAAAAGCUAUUCAGUGCUCCUGAGCUUCAAUGUGGGCCGAGACAAAGUGCCCGUCACUGUGGAGGCGCCCGUCGAACACCCCUUCUUUGUCUUUCACAAGGGCUGGUCCUCGUGUUCACCCGAAAGGUCACACUUGAGAUAUGGUCUUAAAUGUCGCAAACUAAGGGUCGGAGAUAAUUGUGUUUCACUUACUCCCAGAAACACUACAACAGCCAAUCAGAUGACACUAAAGACACACAAAAGUCAUAAGAAUAUGUUAUCCGUGGAAUCGCUUCAACGCAAACCCAAACACAAGCCAAUAGUUAGCAGACAUAAGAACCCGAGUCCAUCGGAAUCGCCUCUAUCUCUAGUGAAAAGUGCGACCACACCAGAGACGGCACCUGUAGCUGGUGCUCAAAGUGAUGCCAACAGCGAUCACAACCCCAAACCAAACGAGCUUUUAGUGAAUAAAGUGGAGAGCAAUGAGACAAAUGUAACGAAAGUGGUGGAAGUGUCGGAAGCAACCAUCCCUUCGGAUCCUUCAGACUCAGUGCCAAUGAAUUCAUCGAUAAGUGAAGGAGCCGUCAAAACAGAGGACAGACACUCAGCUCCUGAUGAUAUAGAGUCGUCGCCUUCUAACGCCUCAUAAAAUGAGAUUUGUUUUGAUCUCAUAAUGAUUUUUGAUUUAUUCGUUAGUAUUAAUAGAAAUGCUUUGGAAAUUUUGUAAACACAUACAGUAAUGGGUUUUGAAAUAAUUAGUGGAAAUGUUAUGAAUAUAUUUUAGCCAAAACUAAAUCUAUAUAUUUAUUAUACCAUAUCAUAACCGAUGAGUACAUGAAUGUCUAUUUUCUCGAAUUAAUGUUUACGUUUAACAUUUCAUUAUAUAUUUUUAAAUCUGUUAAAAGAUCUAAACUUUUCUCAACUGUUAUCCAUUCAAAGUAAUUGCCGUUUGUUUAGAAAUGAUCUAUUUUUCUGAGAUUUCAUUCCAAACUGUGCUCUAAAUUGUGCUUAAAAUUUGAUGAUUAACUUAACUUUAAGACUCGACACACGUGUUGCUUACAUAUGAAUGUAUGGUCUUUAAAUUGUUGUUAACAUACAUUGUUUCCAAACUGUGAUAUUGCAAUAUCAAACUCUAUCCAACUCUACACCACUCUCUCCCUCUCCCACUGUCUUAUUAACGGCGAUACUAUUUACGAGUCAAUUGUCUGACAUUUAUGUUUCAAAUGUAAUACUAAUGAAUCUAUUAUGUUGUACACCAAUUGUAAAUCAAUUAUAUUUAUAUCCAUAUAAUCAUUGAUGAGAUCGACAAUUAUUGCCUCAACUCGUGCGUUAAAUUAGCAUUGAUUUCAUUUGAUAUUUAA